UUAGGUUGGCGGUUGAACUCUGAGUACCGGUACAUGCAGGCGGCGAAAAGUGCGCAAGCUCCGACUCUGUGAGUGGCGCAAGAUACUACCUAGCUCGCACUUCAACUUCCAAGUUCAGUCCUUUCGAAUGGCGUCCGCUCAUGCGGCAAUUGCAGCCGCAAGCCACCUUUCAGAACGGCGUCAGGCCGCAAGAAGCACACCGGAGAAGAGAGCACUGUGUUUCCACUUCACAGCAUUGCCACAGCAAUUCCCGUCGCUUGUGCAUAUCUGGAUAUACCAGUCCGCCUUUGCCCAUCUGCCUCGAUUGCACACGCCCACCUGCGUGGCCGGGUCAAAGAGCUGCAAUUGGACCAAAAACUCGAUUGAGAAGUAGUGGCGGGUUGGAAUCAUUGACUUCUCCACGAAUUGGGCACCAGAGAAGUGGGCAAAAGCCAAUACGGCGAUGCACGGUGAUUACGGGUGCUGCAAAGAAAACAUUCAGAACUUUUGAGGAACUUAUAGAGGGCAGCGAGCAGCCUGUACUGGUCGACUGGUAUGCUGACUUCUGCGGACCAUGCCACAUGAUGACACCGGUGCUCAAUGAAGUAGGGACACAGCUGAAACCACACCUCAAAGUGGUGAAAAUCGAUACCCAGAAGUACCCAGUCUUGGCGUCCAAGUACGGCAUAAGGGCUUUGCCAACCCUCGUCCUCUUCAAAGACGGAAAAGUAAUCGACAGAGUGGAAGGGGCACUCAACGCUGAUCAACUUCUUCAACGACUAAGGUACGUUUUAAAGCUCGUGUAGCAUCUUGGAUCCGAUGUGACGGUCCAUCUGCUCUGCUGCAGUCGGAUCACCGAAUUGUCACGGACGUUACUGCCUAACAUGAUGCCCCUGCACGAGGCAUAGCCUGGGCAUGAUAGGGGGUUGGGAUAAGUUCGGCACAGCUGACCCAACUGCGGAUAGUACAAGGUAUCAACUCAUGCUGGAUCAUCAGAUGUCUGCAUUGAAUUGGUCAGGCCAGUGUGCCUCGGUGCAUACAGACAUGCUGGAUAGCGCUUAGGUCGGGACCGUCAAUCGAAUGAUCAAAACAGAAAGCCAUAGUGACCUAUGGAAUAAGCGUUAGCUUAUGAGACGGCCGGCGAGGCUCAGAUUGCCAGAGUACAGUGCCAGUACGCAAGGCAUGCACGUGGUGAGCUGCACGUUCGAACGGAUGCUCGAGGAUUCAUGCAAUUCGGCCGUCGCCUUGAUUGAAGUGAAAAGUUCUCCGAGGCUGAGUCUAUGGGCUCAGGCUUGCAUGAAGAUAAGUGC